UUGAGCGUAUACAGCGUGCAGCGGCGCAUGCGCGCAUGAGGAGGCUUGAAGCUAAGGGUGGUGGUGGAGGAGGAGGAGGAGAAGAUGUCUGGAUGGAUGCGAUAACGGGGUUUGCACUCUGGGUUUGAUUGGACCCAGAGAAUGGCAGGACCAGGCUCUGAGUGGCAGGGAUGAGGAGCCGCCGACGGAUGUACUCCGCUGUCAUGCGCUUCUUCCUGAAGUGUCUGCGGUUAGGUCAGCGGCGUCGGUUCUGGCUGACCCGGCAGGUGGAACAACUAUGGCUGUACGGGCGUCUCUGUCUGCGCUCGCUGUUGUACAAUUCUUUUGCUGAUGGCGACACUGCUCUUGAUGCCCUCUUUGAGCCCAUCUACUGGCUGGUGGACCAUGUGACCCGUUGGUUUGGGGUGGUGUUUGUGGCUCUGGUGAUCACAUUGACCAGCUCAGUGGUGGUCAUAGUGUACGUCUGCCUCAUACCACUCAUCCUGCAGACCUACCCCAUUGCCUGGGUGUUCUGGCACAUCAUCUAUGGCCACUGGAACCUCGUCAUGAUUGUCUUCCACUACUACAUGGCCAUCACUACUCAGCCUGGUUAUCCCCCACAGCAGUCGAAGAGCGAUGUCGCUGCUGUCUCCAUCUGCAGGAAAUGCAUUGCCCCGAAGCCUGCUCGGACCCAUCACUGCAGCAUCUGCAACAGGUGUGUGUUGAAGAUGGACCAUCACUGCCCCUGGCUGAACAACUGUGUGGGGCACUUCAACCAUCGCUACUUCUUCUCCUUCAUGUUGUUCAUGACCAUGGGCUGCAUCUAUAGCAGCGUCAGUGGAUGGGACAUGUUCUGGGAAGCCUAUGCUGCCAUCGAGAGAAUGAAACUUCUUGACAAGGAGACACUGCACGUGACAGCCAAUCAGACGUACUCCCAGACACCACCGCCCACCUUCUCCUUCCGCCAGCGAGCUUUUCACAAGAGUGUAGUGUAUGCCUGGGUCCUCUGCAGCUCGGUAGCCUUGGCGCUAGGUGCCCUCAUGCUAUGGCAUUCUGUCCUCAUCACUCGUGGUGAGACCAGCAUAGAAAGGCACAUUAACCGCAAAGAAAGGAAGAGGCUCCAAUGGAAGGGCAAGGUGUUUCGAAAUCCAUACAGCUAUGGACCUUUGGGCAACUGGAAGGUUUUCCUAGGUGUGGAGAGACACAGGCACUGGGUCACCCGAGUUCUGCUACCCUCCACCCACCCACCGUAUGGAUCUGGCCUGAGUUGGGACACUGCCCCUUGUGUUGCUGAACAGAAGACUCCUCUCCUGGCAAUCUAAGUAGGAUAAGGAGAAAAGUGCACAAACCGGUUGAAGACUUGAGGCCACAGGCUGCUUUCAUUGGGAAGCCUAACAAAAUCCAGUCCCUAAAAGAGGAGGUGGCCUAACACACCACAGCUGGAUCAUCUGCAGUGAACUGCUUGCUCCGGCAGUCUGAGGCAGAAGGCUGAGGAAGCCCCAGCUGCAGGCAGCUGAGGUGAGGCAGGGACGUCUCGCCCAUCUCGACUUCGUAUCUGCCCACAUCGCCCUAUAGAGGCUUGACUAAGUAUUGUCAUUCCUGACAGUGGGGGAGAAGGGGAGAUAGGUCCUCUCUCGCCAUAACUCUUGGGAGGCUGGUUGGUACACCAGGGUCCUGCUGCUCUCUCUAAGUAGGUAGGGAUUUUUUUAAAACCUUAGAAAUAAAAAAAACAAAUACCCUAUUUUUAAUAUGGGCAUCAGUUCCUCUUUAGGGGAGGGGUGGUGGUGAUAUCCGAGUAAGACAAACUGUUGGAUCUGUCUAGCUCACAACUGUUUAGGAUUAUGUGUGUUCACAGAAUUGAUUCACAAGUCAAUUUCCCCCCUACAGCUAUGGCAAUGGUGUGGUAGAGCUAACAGCUCCUGCCAAAUACAUUUUCACUUUCUCUGUUCUGGGCUCUGAUUAAACUUCCUGGUAGGUUUUGUAACC